AUGAAGGCCUCAGUACUAUGUAGCGCAACGCUCUUCUCAUUGGCGACUUUCGCCUUUCCUGCGAGCAUGCUCAAAGGCGACAUCAGUAGAACGACGCUUGUGGAAAUCACCGCUCUCACGGAGAGGAUUUCAAGAGAUUUAGAGAGUAAGCGAUCUGGUGCUCACGUCAAGCGUGCAUUCAAUGCAGAGGCUCAGCGCAUCAGUACUAGCGGUGACCAUAGAUACAUUGCGCCAGGCCCCAAUGAUCUCCGUGGACCUUGUCCUGGUAUCAAUGUUAUGGCAAAUCAUGGUUAUCUUCCCCGAAAUGGCAUCUCCACAAUCACACAAAUGACUACCGCCGCCAAUGAGGUUUUUGGUAUGGGCCUAGAUCUGUCGGCAUUUCUGGCAGUCUACUCCGCUGUCAUGGCAGGUGAUCUCACCUCUUUUUCUAUCGGUGGUAAACCUAAGACUGGUGGGCUCUUAGGCGGUGCCAUCUCAUCACUCGGCCUCCUCAGAGAACCACAGGGCCUGAGUGCAUCACAUAACCGCUUCGAGGUUGAUGGAUCGCCUACGCGAUCGGAUUUGUACUCAAAUGGUGACCCAGUAUCCCUCAACUUGGACUUUUUCGAGCAGCUCCUCUCUAUGCCUCUUGGCAAAAACGGCAUUGAUAUUCCCGUCCUGACCGCGUUCCGCCUUGAUCGCACGAGGCACUCUAUCGCUACGAAUGGUCAUUACUUCUCAGGCCCGCUGCAAACCCUUGCGUUAAACCCCGCCACGUAUCAGUUCACUUACCGUUUCUUUGCUAACCACACCGCUGAGAACCCCGAGGGCUACCUCGAUGCUAAGACACUCAUGUCAUUCCAGGGUGUUACUGGGGAAAAGGGUAAUUAUAAGUGGGCUCGUGGGCAAGAGAAGAUCCCUGAAAACUGGUACCGCCGCGUCAUCGGUGAUGAUUACAGCAUCCUCUCGUUCGCUGCUGAAGCCGUUUCGCUUGAAGUAGCCCACCCCGAAUUGAUCCGAAUUGGUGGAAAUACCGGCCAGCCAAACUCGUUCACUGGCAACGUUUUUAAUGCGCAAACACUUCUUGAGGGAAACAACCUAAUGUGCCUUGCGUUCCAGGCAGCUAGCGAAGGUGCUCCUGACAUUCUCCGCGGAUUGUUUGGCAAUAUCUUGAUCGCUGUACAAAAGUUGGCCUCUGUUCUAGACCCAAUCAUUGCAGAGCUUGGAUGCCCCGAGCUUGUCAAAUACGACAAAUCCCUGUUCAAGGCCUUCCCCGGUGCGGGAAGUGCGGUGUAA